AUGGUCCCGGUCAACGCACAAGCGAACGAACCCAUUGCGGUUAUCGGGAGUGGCUGUCGAUUUCCCGGAUCUGCCUCCACUCCUUCGAAGCUAUGGGAGCUGUUGAAACAACCAAGGGAUUUGUUGAGCAAAAUACCAAAGGCGAGAUUCGAUGUCGAUACAUUUUAUCACCCUGACGGCACCCACCAUGGCCGCACAAAUGCGAGAUACGCGUACCUUUUGGAUCAGGACCCCUAUGAAUUUGAUGCAUCGUUUUUCAACUUGCCCGCCAACGAAGUCAGCACGAUCGAUCCUCAACACCGUCUGAUGCUCGAAACUGUUUACGACGGUAUUACCACGGCUGGCCUCAAGAUGGAAGAUCUCCGUGGCUCAUCGACUGCUGUUUACGUGGGUAUGAUGCAUCGCGACUUCCUCGACAAUCAAAACUACGAUCUUGAUGCCAUGAAUAUGUACGCUGCUACCGGAACAGCGGCAUCUAUCCUGUCAAACAGGGUGUCAUAUUUCUUUGAUUGGCGUGGGCCAAGUAUGACAAUCGACACGGCUUGCAGCUCAUCGUUAGUUGCCGUGCACCACGCAAUCCAGCAACUUCGAACCGGCUCAAGCAAGGUCGCAAUUGCAGCAGGGGCAAACUUGGUACUGGGCCCGUUUUCGCUCAUUGUGACAAGUAAACUCAAUAUGCUCUCGCCAACAGGCCGGUGUCGGAUGUGGGACGCAGGCGCUGACGGGUAUGCCAAAGGCGAAGGCGUCGCUGCUGUCGUUCUGAAAAGACUCAGUCAAGCAAUCGAGGACGGUGAUAGCAUCGAGUGUAUCAUCCGAGAAAGUGGUAUCAACCAAGAUGGCAGAACUCCCGGCAUUACCAUGCCCAGUCAUACAGCACAAGAAGCUCUUAUUCGCGAGGUCUACUCGCGUGCGGGACUUGACUUAACCAAACCCGAGGACCGACCACAGUACUUCGAAGCUCACGGUACCGGGACUGCAGCUGGAGAUCCACAGGAAGCUCAGGCAAUCGCCUCCGCUUUCUUUGGCGAAAGAGAACGCGGCACCGACGAGGAGCCUUUGUAUGUUGGUAGUAUCAAGACCAUCAUCGGCCACACUGAAGGCACCGCUGGUAUAGCCGGCUUGAUGAAAGCUUCGUUGGCGAUUCAGCAUGGCGUCAUACCGCCUAAUAUGCUUUUCAAAAGGCUCAGCGACGGAGUCGCCCCCUUUUAUGGAGAUCUUCAUGUCGUGACAGAGAACCAGUCGUGGCCAAAAUUGCAGUACGACCAGCCACGACGUGUGAGCGUCAAUUCGUUCGGAUUCGGCGGCACAAAUGCCCACAUUAUCGUUGAAUCUUCGCCGACAUUACGAGAUACAACCAUGACUGGAGCCACGCCAUGCCUGGCCCCGAUCGUGCUAUCUGCGAAUUCGGAUUCCUCUCUCAAAACCGCCGUCGAAGACUUAGCUGAUUACCUCAAAACACACCCGGAUACACCGAUGCACGAUCUAGUCUGGACAUUGUUGAGACACAGGUCCGAUCAUUCAUUUCGCUAUACUACUCCAAGUGGCUCUAUCGCAGCUGUGCGCGAUGCCCUUAUCCAUGACGCAGCGUUGAUCCAAGGGAAGCAGAGCAUUGCAAUCAAGUCAGAAGCCAGAAUCAUGCCACAAGUACUUGGCAUAUUUACUGGGCAGGGUGCGCAAUGGCCGGCUAUGGGCAAGGCCCUCUUAUCAAAGUCUGCGAAAGCCCGCGAGAUCGUCUUAGAGCUCGAUCAUUCCCUACAGACUUUGCCACCAGCUUUCAGGCCAACAUGGAAACUCAUUGAUCAGCUACAAUUGGAAGGCAAUGACUCUAUGGUGCAUGAUGCGACGUUCUCGCAACCUAUGUGUUGUGCAAUCCAGAUUCUGCUCACGAAGCUUCUCUUCGCUGCGGGUAUCAAGUUCAAUGUUGUGGUUGGGCAUAGUUCAGGUGAAAUAGCUUGUGCAUAUGCAGCAGGAUUUAUCUCAUCACGUCAAGCGAUCCGGAUUGCUUACCUUCGUGGCCUUACCUCACAGCUCGCGAAAUCCCCGACUGGUGUGGAGGGUGCAAUGAUGGCAGCUGGAUCCACCUUCGAUGACGCGCAGGAGUUAUGUGCUCUUGAGGUCUUUGAGGGAAGGCUCAAGGUGGCUGCCAGUAACGGCCCAGAAAGCGUCACAUUCUCGGGCGAUAAAGACGCGAUUCUCGAGGCUCAAGAGAUCCUCAACGAAGAAUCCCGGUUUAAUCGUCUCCUCAAGGUCGACAAAGCUUACCAUUCACAUCAUAUGGCCCCAUGUGCCGAGCCCUAUAUUGCAGCAUUGAAGGCCUGUGGUUGUGAUGCAUCGGAAUUGGACACAGAGCCAUCUGUCACCUGGAUUUCCUCUGUGUUCGAAGGGCGAGUCAUGAAACCAGACGACCUACGGGCUGAAUACUGGAAGGAUAAUCUCCUCUUAUCUGUACUGUUUCAGGACGCCGUCGAGGAAGCAAUCAUCCACAAUCAAAUCGACGUCUGUCUGGAAGUUGGUGCCCAUCCAGCUCUCAAGGAUCCCACACUUAAGACGAUUGAAAAUUGCAGUGGAUUCAGCUUGCCAUACACAGGAUUCAUGCGAAGGAAAAAGAAUGACCUCGAGGCCUUUUCAGAGGGGCUUGGAUUUCUCUGGUCUCGUUUUGGCACACCUGUUCUUGAUAUAGACCGUCUGUACAACGAGCUAUCUAUCGACAAAGGAACCAAGAGUCUAUCCAAAGACCUUCCGUGCUACCCCUGGGAUCACUCCAGAAAUCACAAGAAAGAGUCUCGCAAACUGAAGGCAUUCCUUCGGACACAGACACCCCAUCUCCUGCUUGGAAAGGUACUGCCUCAUAGUACUCCUUCCAUGAUUCUGUGGCAGAAUCACAUACGCCAACGUGACAUUGAAUGGUUAGAUGGCCAUUCCUUGCAGGGUCAAACUGUGUUUCCAGGCGCCGGUUACGUUGUUAUGGCUAUGGAAGCCGCUCUUCAUGAAGCGGGUGACCGCGAGGUUCAGCUACUUGAGGUACUUGACCUGGUUAUCGACAAGGCAGUCACGUUUGAAGACGAGAACAGUCUGAUUGAGCUCAAUUCGAGUUUGAUGAUUAAUACUAGUGAAGUCACCGACACGUCAAUUUCUUACACGUUCGUCAUCAAUUCUUGUCUCGCCAAAGAAACCGGCCUAUCAAGCUCAGCUACAGGUACAAUCAUCGUUAUUUUCGGCCAAGGAAGCUUGGAAGCAUUACCGGUAGCUCAGACCGAGCCGCCUCACAUGAGCAAGGUCAGCGUCGAUCGGUUUUACAACAUGUUGCAUGAGAUUGGCUACGGCUACACCAAACAAUUCCGGGGUGUCAGUAGCCUCAGACGUGGUGACAGCAAAGCUUGCGGCACAAUCGACUUCCACCGCCUUGAGGAUAAUAAUCGACAGCUAGUGAUGCAUCCGGCUAGUCUGGAUGUUGCUUUUCAGACGUUCAUUGGUGCUUAUACUUCCCCUGGCGAUAAACGUCUGCGCAACCUCCUCGUUCCCACCGGCAUCGACAGAAUUGUGCUCAACCCCUGGGCCAUUGGCCAAAUCCAUUCCUUGAGUAGAGAUGUGAGCUUCGUCUCUACUAGUACUACGGGAGCUGGUAACGGUGUUGCCGGCGAUAUCGAAGUGUUUGAUCCUGCUACUCAAGCAACUAUACUUCAGAUCGAAGGGCUUAGUUUCAAGCCGUUCUCGCCACCAUCUGCAGCUGAUGACCACCAAAUGUUCGCAAAAUGGACCUGGAGCCAAUUGAGCCCCGACACCGUCCUAGAUGAUAUUAGAUACCACGCAAGUGAGAAAGAUAAAGCCGCUACUGAAAUGAUCGAGCGCAUCACUUACUGGUACAUCAAGCUAUUUCUUAAUAGCUUGACCACUGAAGAUAGCGAGAGAGCAGCUUUUCACCAGACAAAGCAAAUCCGGUGGUGCGAAUAUAUCAUGGCCGAAACGAAAUCCGGGCACAACAUCUGGUACGACAUCGCAUGGGAGGCAGACACUCCUGAGGAUAUUGAGAGAAUUAUUCGAGAUUGGUUCUACCAUCCUUUCAUCCGACUUAUUCAAAGAGUCGGCGAGAACAUGAUCGAUGUGAUUCGAGACAACAGGAACCCCUUCGACCUUAUGGACCAUGAUGGUCUAUUGACUGAGUUCUACGGGAGCACCAUUAGCUAUGGCCACUCCUAUAAUUAUUUUCAGAAGCUUUGCGCACAAAUCAACCAUCGCUACCAGAAUAUGGAUGUGCUCGAAAUUGGUGCUGGAACCGGAGGAGCUUCAAGACAUUUCUUAGACUCUGAGCAAGUCUCUUUCAAUAACUAUACAUUCACGGAUAUCUCGAACGCAUUCUUCGAGCAAGCGGCCAAAGAAUUUGCGAAACAUGCGGACAAAAUGGAGUUCCUUCCACUUGAUAUUCGACGCGAUCCUGUUGAACAAGGUCACAAACCCAACUCUUACGACUUGAUCAUCGCCUCCAAUGUACUCCAUGCUACACCCAAGCUUGAGGAGACGCUAGCGAAUGUCAGAAAGCUACUCAAACCAGGUGGCCAACUUGUUAUCAUCGAGGUGACGCAUCGCGAACAUGCUCGUAUUGGAUUCAUUUUCGGCCUGUUCGCGGAUUGGUGGGCUGGCCAUGAUGAGGGUCGUGUUCAUGAGCCUUUUGUGACUUACGAAAAAUGGGACGAGCUGCUAAAGAGAACCGGAUUCUCUGGGAUAGAUAGCCGCACCCUUGAUCCUGACAGCACGAUAUUCCCGAACGGGGUUUUCAGUUCUCAUGCUGUCAAUGAUCUCAUCAAGAGCCUGGACUCGCCGUUGACUGCUCCAAUCAAGGAGAGCUACCCCCCACUAGUAGUUAUCGGAGGAGCGUCCUCUAGGACGGCCUUAUUGCCGGAAAAGUUGAGAUCUACCGUACCUCACCGAAGUUUGCUGACAGUCAAUCGCAUCCGAGAUGUCAUCGACGCUGGUAUUGAGCCGAAAUCAACUUUCAUCGUUCUCUCCGAGCUUGAUGAAGAGACCUUCACAGGGCUUGACAAUGACCAAUUUAAGUCCCUCCAGGCCAUUUUUGACCGCGCAAGUCACGUUCUAUGGGUGACAGAAAGUGCGUGGGUCAACCACCCACAACAAGGAAUGACUAUAGGUCUGCUCCGCACUUUACGUUUGGAGUAUCUCAAUGUUCAAUUGCAGGUCUUGGAUGUCGACUAUGCCGAGAGCCUUACAUCUGAAGUCUUGAUCGAGACCGUUCAGCGCCUUGAGGACGGCUCGAAUUGGCAAGAGAAUGGAAUUCUUUGGACCCAAGAACCAGAACUCUACCUUCGCAAAGACCAGCUGGUUGUUGCGCGACUCAAGCCUGACGUGGACAAAAACAAUCGGCUUAACUCCAAUCGCCGACCUGUCACAGCUAGCUUUGACCCCUACCAGGACCAGUUGGCUCUAGUCAAUGAAGAAGGUGUCGACUUCUUCAGAUGCCUCGAGGAGCGUCAUGUUCCUGAUAGUAUUUCGGACCAUACCGUCAAGGUUCAAGUGACACACUCGCUUGCAAAAGCCGUGCGGGUAGGCAAGCUCGGCAUUUUCAAUCUGAUCCAAGGUUAUAUUACAGCGUCAGGCGAAGCCGUUGUUACCCUGAGCGAGAGCCAGGCCUCAUUCAUUGAUGCCUCCAACGAUCACCUCAUUCGCCUAGAAAGUCAGCAGGCCGAUGCUGCGUGUGUUCUGCCAGCUUUAUUGGCGGAUCUUGUGGCUCAGACCCUGCUUGCUGAUGCAGCUCCUGGAACGACCGUUCUCGUCUUUGACCCCCCGAAUUAUUUUAUCGACUCUCUUGUCCGUCAAGGUGUUGCCGCUAAGGUAAAAGUUGUGAUUGCGAGUGUCACCCCCCGGUCGAUGGACAUAACACCCAAUGGAUUCAACUACAUCCGCGAGAGACGCAACUGGCAAGCCGAGCCGAAAAUCACAGCCCGAGUCCGCUCUAUUGAGACUGGUCGUCUCUUUGUUGACGACAAGACUUACCUUCUCGUUGGUCUAUCGGGUGAUCUUGGUCGAUCCAUCGCUCGAUUCAUGAUUGAAGGGGGCGCACGCCAUAUUGUGCUUUCAAGUCGAUCGCCUAAGAUUGACCCACAAUGGAUUGAAGACAUGGCUGCAGCAGGGGGUAGUAUCAUGGUUCUGCCUAUGGAUGUUUCAAAUGAGGGCUCAGUUGAUAAUGGCCUGGCCACGAUUCGUGCAUCCAUGCCACCAAUCGCCGGCGUGGCAUUUGGUCCUCUCGUUCUUCAGGAUGUUAUGUUCAAUAACAUGGAUCUCUCACUUAUGGAGAUGGUUUUGGCGCCCAAGGUCACUGGUGCUCGCCUGCUCAAUGAACGGCUCUCUGACCCUUCAAGUCCUCUCGACUUCUUCGUCAUGUUCUCUUCCUUCGUCAUGGUCUCUGGAAACCCUGGACAGGCUGCUUACAGCGCUGCCAAUGCUUUCACACAUGCGCUUGCUCAACAGCGAAGGUCUCGGGGUAUGGCCGGGUCCACCAUCGACAUCGGCGCAGUUUAUGGUGUCGGUUUUAUCGCUCGGGCUGGUCGAGAAGAGGAGUAUGACGUCGUCAGGUUUAUGUUCGACGAAGUUAACGAAUGGGAGCUUCAUGCGCUUUUCGCCGAAGCUGUUGUUGCCGGUCGGGCUCCCGGCGCCGACCAAGUAGAGCUAGUCACAGGCAUGCCCUACGUCGACCCAGCGGACCGCGACCAGAUACCAUACUUUGACGAUCCUCGGUUGGCAUAUUAUAAGCUUGCUGAUGGCCGGAAUAAAGGCCACGAGCUUGCCAGUGAUAAGGGAUCCGUACAAGAGCGCCUCCUCAAAGCGGAGACCAUGGACGAGGUUCGCGCUAUCAUUCUGGAGGGCGUAUCUGCCAAGAUUCGUGGGGCGCUGCAGGUCGCAGCUUCAGAUGAUAUCAACUUGGAUUCGCCUUUGGUGGAUCAAGGCGUCGAUUCACUGAGUGCUGUCACCAUCGGUACUUGGUUUUCGAAAAAUUUAGGUGUCGAUGUACCCCUUCUUAAGAUUCUAGGUGGCGCCUCGGUCUCAGAUCUCGUGGAGGAGUCCAUCUCCCGUAUACUGCCUGCAGCAAUUCCGUUGGCCUAUGACAGAUCUGCUAAUGAGAUUCUAAAAGACGAGGCGCCAGUCGCAGUCGACGUGGAGGCAAAGGGGCUAGCAUCAAACUCUGGCAGCGAGGACUUGAGUCUUCCAAGCGACUAUAUGAACGCCCCGACGCCCAUAUCGCUCUUUUCAUCAACAUCCGAUCAAAAGUUCGAGGGCGUGGAGCGCAUUGUUCCGCUUUCCAUAGCCCAAGAGUACUGUUGGAAACAACAACAACUUGGCCUAGACCCCUCGACCUUCAACUCCACGAUCGCUAUGUUCAUGCAGGGCACACUCGACCUCAAUCGCUUGGGUUGGGCAUUCAAUCAAGCACUACAGCGCCAUGACGCCUUUCGAACAAGUUUCAUUACAGAUCCGGCCGACGAGUCUCGGUUGUUACAAAGUGUGAUGAAGUCCCCGGCAGUGGGAUUUGAGACAAUCAAGGUGGCGGACAGAGCAGCGGCCGAAAGAUGCUGCAAAGACCUUGAAAGCUACGAAUACAACUUGUUCGAAGGAACGACUCUGAAACUGGUCAAUUACUCUUGGUCAUCUACCGAUCAUCUCCUUGUAUUUGCCUACCAUCGUCUUGUUGGCGAUGGCUGGACUACAGAGCAUCUCUUUGUGGAAGCCGGGCAGCUGUACAAUGGUGUGCAGUUAGAUCCACCGCCGAGCUAUGCUGACUUCGCAGUUCGCCAGCGAAAUGAUCUUGGGUCCGGGGCAGCAGAGAAUGACUUAUCGUACUGGUCGACACUUUUCGAGACUCUGCCAGUCAGGCUCCCUAUGCUUGAUGUUCCGGGUAAACGAAUCUCGGCCUCACCAACUUGGUCAGAGCAUGAGACCACCGCGCGUGUCAAUCCGAUGAUCGCAGUUCGUAUCAAGGACCGGAGUCGCAAGCACAAGACCACACCCAUGCAUUUCUAUCUUGCUGCCUUCCACGUGUUGUUGGCUCGUUUGACAACAAGUACGGAUGUUGCAAUUGGUGUUGCCGACACUAAUCGUUCGACUCUCACAGACCAAGCCACAAUGGGAUUUUUCGCCAGUUUUCUCCCUGUGCGUUUGAGAUACUCUCCAGACGACAUAUUUGCCGAAACAUUGAUUGCCGUCAAGGAUGAAAUGCGGGGGGCUCUUUUGCACAGCGCUGUCCCGUACGGCGCGAUUCUCGAACAUUUAGGCCUGUCAAACCCUUCAUCCAGUGAUCCAGACUCUCAAUCACCGCUAUUCCAAGCCGUUUUCGACUAUAAGCAGGGUCAAGCGGAAACUGGAAGCAUCGAUCGAGCGAAUAUCGUUGAGUCUCACCUUUCACGGGCUGGAUCUCCAUAUGAUAUUACCCUCGAAAUGAGUGACGAUCCUAACAAGGAUCCCUUGAUCAUUCUCAAGCUCCAAAGCGAGCGAUAUGCCCCCAGCGAUGCUGCAGUUGUCAUGGAUGCCUAUCUUGCUAUCUUGAGUAUUUUUUCCAGAAACCCUGCACUCAGGGUCGAGGACGGCCGUCUGGACCAUGGAACCAAGGUGAAAGCCUGA